UCUCAACCUUUCUUACAAAAAUACCAUCACUAAAACUUUUCUUCAUUCUUGGUUGUUUUAACCUAUUUUAAUGCUUAUUUUGGAUAAUUUAAGUCCUCUUGAGAGUCUCUUGAAAGUUUGUUGAGGGCCCCUAAUGGGUUGAGAACGACUGGUCUAUAACAUUUUGACUAACAAAGCCUCUCUUAAUCCAGCCACACCCAAAGUGAUUGAGACCUUUAGUGAAGCUCCUCCUACAGCGAUCCACCAAUAAAUGCUGGAGUCAAACUCAGAGAGAAAUCACUCCAUACUGAAAGCUUCAUGACUUCUUGUUGGUGUUGAUAGAAGAGCUUGAGGACAUGAGAGAUUCACAACCAUCCAGAAUAAAGAUUGAAGAUACUGAAGAACAAAGAGAUAUCAUGAUGGAAAUAAACAAGGACAAUCAGCCUGAACUGAAUAACGCUGAUGAAACGCAUCAUAAUAUUACAACAAUACAGGAUGUUGCACAGAAAGGAACUCGAAGAACAGGAGACAAAACGUUUGAAAAGAGUGUGAAAAGAGACGAACCCCCUACGGAUCGCUCGAGGAUUCACAGUGAGGAGAAGCCCACGUGUCAUCACUGUGGGAAGAGUUUCAACAGAAAAUCAAACCUCACAAUGCACAUAAAAAUUCACACUGGAGAGAAACCAUUCGCUUGCCAUCAGUGUGAAAAAACUUUCCCAGAUAAAACACAACUUAAGAAACACAUGAGAACUCACACUGGCGAGAGACCAUACACUUGUCACGAGUGUGGAAAAUGUUUUACCCAAAUAUCACACUUAAAAGAUCAUAUGAAAAUCCACACUGGCGAGAAACCAUACACUUGUCACGAGUGUGGAAAAUGUUUUACCCAAAUAUCACAUUUAAAAACACAUAUGAAAAUCCACACUGGAGAAAAACCAUUCACGUGUGAUCUGUGUGCGAAGAGUUUUUCAUGUCUACCCUUGUGA